AUGGCACCCGCGAGUGCUCCCUCGACCAAGAUCAAACGAUACCACUGUCUGUACUCGAGCCAGGUCAACAACAAGAGUGAGUCUGCCCCCGCUUCGUCUCCUCGACACGCCGACUGACCAGCUCGUACGCUGCCUCUUCAGCCAAGACUUACCAAGAUGGCAAGUUAACCACCCUGCGAUCUUACUUGAUUCAAGCUGGCUACCAUCUCCGCGCUCACCCGACCCUACUUGCUCAACGUGCAGGCUUCAUCCGCCACCAUCACCUCAACUCGCGCCUGUACCUGCUCUCAGCGGACAAUCAACCCCUAGCCGAAUCGUUCUACCGUCCACCCCGCAACCAACGUUGUGUCUUUGACGACCACUUCACACUGGACGACGAUCAAGAGCUCGAAUUCGACGAACAAGGCUUUGCGGUCCAAGUUGGCGAGCUUGAGUCCGAGCGGAAUGUGGUCAGUCCCCGUCGGACGAGCUUGUCACGCACUUUCGAAUUCUGAAUCAAUUUUUUUCUUCUUCUUGCAGGACCUCGGAGCAAUCCAAGCUCAGACUCGCACGGCCAAGAGCGAACGGCUCGCCGCGGCCAGGCAAUGGGCGCUCGAGACUCCGUCAGAUUCGAAUCGCUCGAAAGAAGAGCCAGACGCGAAGGCCGGGUUCAGGUUGCAGGAUUUGAUCGUGACGACGAGUACGAAUGAGACGCACACAACUCCGAAGCGUCGACAAGAGUCCGCCAGCCAUGGAUCCCCAGCAGGUUGGUUCACACCUUCAACCGGAACAGCUCUUUCCUCGGUGACGCCUCAGGCCAGCAAAUCGAGGCCGGCGCCGUACUCGAAGGACGUUACGCCUGCAAGAUCAUCUUCAAAGGCGAACACUGUGGAUCAUUCAGAAGCGCGCGUGAUUGGUCGUACACCGCCAACGAGAGGUGCUCGAGCCGAGUUCAAACCGCCGAGGCCGAGUGCGGCUCCGACGCUCAAGAGCGCUUACUAA